CUAAUACUGUCUUUAUCUCGGAAUUCUUAUUGCUCAACACUUCAGUCUCAGGAGGCAACAGCUUCGAGCCCCUGUUUUUCGGCCUUUGCCUAGUGCUUUACAUCAAUCACUAGUAAAAAAUGUCGAUGGUAGCUGGAAAGAUGGAUGCAGUGUCUGUAAACAGGGUCUGGGAGGAGCACGUCAAAAAGGAGGCAAAGACACUGAAGCUAAACGACCAAUUCUGCAUCACAGACCCCCGUAAAAUGGACGUUCUACCGGAGAAGCCCAACCGGACCGUGCCCACGCAAAACCCGGACGCGUCCACCAUCGCUGCUGCCACGCAAACGCUACAUAACCUCGCUGCGGCUAAGGACGUGGACAAGCUGCCUGUGGACCGCUACGCGCUGCCGGUGACCGGCAACAUGGAGUACGGCUUCUUCCAUCGCGUGCAGAACCAAAACACCAACCCCAUGUUUGACCACAAGCACAAUGUGUGCGACGUCACGGAGUACGCACAGGAAUAUGUCAAGAGCAACGGAGGCGUGGGGCCUUACACGACAAAGCUGAACCACUGAGCCACGCGCCAGGCGGCUGUGUGGGGCACGCGGAUGUGGGUGCAGAUGUGGAUGCAGCGGAAGCUGGGGAAUGGGGACUGACUCGUGACUUCUGAUUUUGGAUUUUGGCUUCUGACUUUGACUUGGACUUCUGACAUUGCAUUAUUGAUUGGCAUGCACAGCGGCCGCGAAGCCUUGCCGUAGUGGCGAGGCGGGUGCGUGCUGGGAAGGAUGGAGGACGGGCGGGGGUUGCCGCGGAGGCAUCCGCCGCGCGCGUCGUUUUGAAUGGCUCGUGGCGGGAGGUGUGACGGGUGGCGUGACUUCCUUUCAUCAUGUGUACCAGGCCGCAUGCUUCCUGUGCGGCGUGUAGGCUUGACUAGUCAGCGCAGGAGCAGGCAGGUGUGUAAGUUUAUAUUCUUCGUGUGCAGGAGCCUGAAGGGCAGGCACAGCGUUUGCUAGAUGCAGCAGCUUAUUUGCGGGGCGGUGGUUGCUGUCAUGGCGGGGCCGGGUGUGUGUAGGAGGUGGGUGGCAUUGUAGAGCAGGGCAGGGACAGAAGCUGGCAGGUAGGAGUCCAGCACACGGCGGUGGCGUACUACCAAAACGUGUUGGGUGUGCGGCAACCGGUGUGCAGCCGGGGCUUGGAGUUGGAGCUCGUGGCCCAGCAUAUGCUCGGGGUUCCUUGUCCUUUGGACACCCAGGUGAACGAGUGUCAGGCAGUGCUCAAGACAUGGGACUGUAGUACGCUUGUAACAAGCAAGGCAG